GCUGCGUGCGUUCACGUCCGGGUUGAGGCAUGAAUCGCAAAUUUUUGUAUUUGGAAGUUGAGCGCGACUGAAACCAACAUUUACUUUUACAGUUUCCGGUUUUUAUUGAACUUUAUUGAAGCACCCUGUUUCCUGUCUGUUUACCUGACUCACCUAUGAAUGAAAUGUUGUCUGGUUUCACUCUGUUAUGAACAAUAUAAAAUAAAGUAUUUAACGCAGUACUACACUACAUGCUCAUAAUGUACACAUCUGACAAACUGUAAGUCAGAAAAAGAAGCUUUACGUUUUAAAAUGAGAAAUUUCGCCUUUUAUCGCAGAAAUUAGCGCCGAACGAAAGUGGGCGUGGCUCCGCACAGGUGAGCGACAGGAGGAGGAAAUCUCAAACAGGAAGUUGGGAAAGGUGGGUUGUUAUUCUCUCGGCAAAAACGAAAAUAGGACAGCACUGUGGACAGAAUCCAAAGACACAAACAUCCACUCUGUUUAUCAGAGCCACAGGAUCCAUGUCUCUGCAGCAGGAGAUGCCAGAGAGAGACCGAGCCCAUCACAGGACCGAUGCAGACCACAGGAGCAGGGACCAUCCACACCAUGGAGACCACCACAGAAGUCAGAGGUGGAGAGAGGUGGAGGAGAGAGGCUCUGCCGCUGACAGGAGGACCAGACAGUACGGACAGAGGGACAUGACACCUGCCUCUCACAAAGAGCCACCUGCUCACAGAGACCAGGACCGUGAAGGACCCUCCAGACUGUCCAGACAGACGCCGCUGUCUCUCUCUGAAGAGGACGAUUAUGAGCCACAGCCCAGACAAACUCUGUACAACCUCAGAUACAUCUUAACCAGCAGAGGUCUGUGCCAGCUCAUGGAGCUCUUUGUGAAUCUGCUCAUCGUCAUCUGUGCCGGAGUGCCGUACAGCAACAACGGCGGUUACCGGGACCUGGCGAGCCUUGGGGGACUCUACUACUAUCACUACGGAGGAGCCACGGCGUUCAGCGGGGCCGACGCAACCCGGGUGAAGGAGCUGGACCGGCUCUUCCAUCAGCUCAAACGGCCUCCGUACGUCUUCACCAUGGCCUGCGGGGGGGUGUUAAUGGUCUACGCCUGCGCCAUGCUCGCCCUGGGGAUCUUCAGGGUCCCGUACCGCUGGCCCCCCAUGCUGCUGGGGGAGGCCCUGCUGAACUUCCUGAUCGGCCUGGGCUACAUCCCCGCCCUGGCCUUCUACUUCAUCAAGCUGCAGGAAACCUACGCUGACCCCGUCUGUAAGGAGAGGGAGCAGAUGUACAAGAGCAAAGGCCACAAAGGCUUCGAGUGCCAGUUCCACGGAGCAGAUAUCGCAGGAGGGCUGUUCGGGGUGGUGGGGGUGUUUGUGUUCGUCUUCGGAGCGGUGUUGGCUGUCAGAGCGUUCAGGUCGGUGCGGGAGCUGAAGAAGCAGAGGACGAAUCAGAACAGGUCUCAGAUUCAGUGUUGAAUGUGACGGUGAAUCAGCUUUUUAUCCACUUUUUAUACUUUGAUGAAGUUUUUACAUUUUGAUUUUAGAGGAUAUAUUUUUACUGUUACCUUUCCAGUUUACACACCGCUGUAUUGUUUCUGUUACAUCUUAUAUAAAGGUGUCGUUUUAAUAAACAGCUCUAAUCAUGUUU